CCGCGUUUAGCGCUUCGCCUGCGUCGGCUUCGAGGCCUGCGUUCAGUGCCGCUACGCCCCCACCCGCGGCGCCGCGCUCGCCCCCGCCAGUCGCGUCCGCUACCGCGCCCACCAAGCCUGACCCCGAGGACCGUAUCGCGCCCGUCGGCACCGCCUACACCCCCGUACAUCUUCCAGCGCCCAAGAAGCUCAAGAACCCGUUCGCCAAGUUCGCACCGCCUCCACCUGUCCCCGCCGGUCGCGCGCCCGGUAACCUGACGUGGAGCGAGUGCCAGGCGCAGGCAAAGGAGGAAGGGGCGGCGAUCCCCCCGGCGACCCUGGCGAGGAGGUGGGGCGCGACGGCGGGUGGAGGGGUGGGGAGCGAGGUAGCGAGAUCGACAAGAACGCACGGACGAUGUCGUGCGCGCGCGGACGUCGUCGUCGCAGCACGAGACGGAGGACAGGCUCGCUCACGCGCAGCUCGCCGCCGCCGCCGCCGUCGUCUUGCCCCACCCUCCCCUCCUCCGAGUAAGCGAGGUUCUCGACGUCCUAUCGACUCGGCAAGAUUGCCAGCGCCUUUGCGAGCGCGCGACAGGUCCCCGGCGUCCGCGCCGUGUCUCCCCGCGACGUGGAGAAGGCCGCGAAGGGGCAUUUUCGACGAGGAGAAGGUGCUCGAGUGCGCGCCUCCCCGCCUCCACAACGCCUCCUGCUUGGACGAGUCAGCGGGGGAAGUGAGAAAAGGAUGAGGGAGUUGCACGGCGACUUCGACGGCGUCCGCGCCGCACCUCUCGGGCUCGCAAAUGCCUGCGCGAUGCUCAAAAGCACGCCCCCCUCCCCCGCCUCACGAAGACCGGACUCACCUGCUGAAGAGGAACCGCGCGCUUCGGCGACGUCCGCGAGCGACGACGGCACAGCGCAUUCGACGCGCGGAUGCACCCACCCAACACGUCGACGCGCACCCCGUCCCCCCUCCCUCCUCCCGGAUGGAGUUCUCCUCGCAUCCGACAGCCGCGAGCCGCUACGGCACUCGUCGCGGGCCAUGCGACUCGCGUGAAAGACACGGCGUAGCUGUCUGGGUACCUGCGACGUCGUCAGUAAAGGUGCGAGAGCGGCACGG